AUGUUUAGUAGGCUCAAGAGUCCGGAGGAGGAGCGGGGAGUCGAUGUUCUUAAAGGAUAUGCAGUGAGGACCUCCAAGCAUGAAAUAAAAAGGUUUCUCCGCUCCAUGGAGUACAGGAGACUUCCUCGGCAUCUGAAGAGAAUCAAGACAUGGAACGAGGAUUUGCUUGUACUUGUUGAUAUUGUUGAGGAGUGUGAUCCGAUAGACUCUGUUGCCAAUCUGGUUGAAGAAAUGGUCAAAGAAGGGUUUGGAUCUAAGCUUUCGGGGCGUAGACAAGAGUCUCUGAUUGAGACAGUAAGCAUUCCAAAGUAUCAGCCGCUAACCGACUCCCAAUACGUCGAAAGUGCAAAGCUCUGGCCGUGCAUUAGAUCGUGCAGAUUUGAGGAAGAACUAGAUGAUGAUUAUAUUGGAAGCAUGGUAAGAGUUCUGAAGACAAAAAGAAGUAUGGCGAUUUGUACAGGGGCCUGCAUCAUAGCAGAUGGGAAACAAGAGCUAUCGAUUCAUGAGGACACCGACAAUGUCCUAGGACAUUCGAUACUGAAAGCCGUUGAAGAGGUCAGUAAGGCCCAGAUUCUCUAUCUGUGCACUGGGUUUGAUGCAUUUAUACUCAAGGAGCCCUGUUUGUCGUGUUCGAUGGCACUUGUGCACGGAAGAAUUAAGAGGGUCUUCUGCCUCAAAAGGGAUCCUGAAGGUCCUUUCUCGAGAAUUAAGAUUAACUACAACAAGAACUUGAAUCACAGAUAUCCUGUUUAUUUUAUGGAUGAAACAUGUGCAGAUUGCCCAAUGUAA